ACAUAAGUAGUGUUAUUAGGUGUGGCUCACUGCGAUCCAAGUUACCUGGUGAUUGCAGUCAUGCGGUCGUGAGAUACCCGUGAGAGUUGUUUGUCCUUAUUGUGUGUCUACAGUCUAAAAGCCUCACCUCUGUUUUCAGUAGGUCUUGGUGUAACUUGUGUAACAAAGGAAAACCCUUUGUCGUACCAUCACAGGGCGGUUUUUACAGCGUUUCCCUGAGAGGGUCUGAACUGAGUGGUGAAACAAAAUAUUGGGUGGAGUUUUGUUACAUUGACGUAGGUCUAUGACAUAUUUCACAGAGCUUUUUACUUUAGAUGGAAAAAAACUAAAUGUAAGUACGAGUCUUGGUCACGUCCCUCCCAAGAGGCUCUCGGGGCACCAAGAGUAUAUUUACUGUGCACUGUAAUCUUCUCGUCUCAAUCGAGGAAAGACAAGCCGGACAGAGACAACAUGAAGAUGCAGAUGUUGGUGGUGUUGGCUGUAGCAGCUUUGGUCCCCAGUCUGUCUGAGGGACGGAUCCUCUCCAAAUGUGAGCUGAAGAACUUGUUGGAGAAGGAGGCCCUCAAAUUCAACAUGACUGGGGGAGCCGGAGUGACUGGGGGAGCCGGAGUGACUGGGGGAGCCGGAGUGACUGGGGGAGCCGGAGUGACUGGGGGAGCCGGAGUGACUGGGGGAGCCGGAGUGACUGGGGGAGCCGGAGUGACUGGGGGAGCCGGAGUGAAGAACCUGACAAACAACGAUUUUGUGGCUAAAAUCGUCUGCCACGUGGAGAAGGCCUCGGGUUUCAACACCAGUUUUGUGACUGCUUGGAGGGAUGAUGACGGCCCUGAUGUCCUCCCUACCCGCCCUGCCAAGGUUAAUGACCGCCAUCGCCCUGAGCCCCCUCCUAAGAGGGGUAAGAGACACGCUGGGGAUGAUGUUGACCCAACCCACCCUGCUAACAAUGAUAACCACCCUACCCCUCCUCCCCGCCCUAACCACCCUACCCCUCCUGCCCGCCCUAACUACCCUACCCGCCUUACCCUUCCUACCCGCCCUGAGCAGCCUCCUAAGAGGGGUAAGAGACACGCUGGGGAUGAUGUUGACCCAACCCACCCUGCUAACAAUGAUAACCACCCUACCCCUCCUCCCCGCCCUAACCAUCCUACCCCUCCUGCCCGCCCUAACCAUCCUACCCCUCCUGCCCGCCCUAAAUACCCUACCCGCCUUACCCUUCCUACCCGCCCUGAGCAGCCUCCUAAGAGGGGUAAGAGACACGCUGGGAAUCACUUCACCUCAGGGGAGGAAAGCUCCAGCGAAGGAGAGACCAUGGGGACCCUCUACGGCUUGUUCCAGCUGAGCGAUCGUGUGAUUUGUUCCUCGGACUCAACUCCAUCGUUGAACCUUUGCCAGAUGAACUGCAGUGCUUUGAUUGACGACGACAUAAGUGAUGACUUUAACUGUGUGAAGACUAUCAAACAGACAAUGGAAAGUGGUCGCUGUCAACAAACAAAGGCUCUAAAGAGAAUGAUCAACCUGCUCUUCCAGAAGGAAUGUGUCGCCACGGUGGCCUCCAGCUACUUCUCCAAGUGUUGAAUCCCCCGAUGUUAGACGACAAUCCCCUCGAUUUCAAAAAGAUCCGAAUUGGGCUGCCGGUGUUAAUACAGCCACUGUGUGUAACAAUUAGUUCUCAUCGGCUCCAUGUUCACAAAGUACACCGGAAUAGAAUGUAGCAUGUAGAAAGAAUAAAAAUGAACAUUACAUUCA